GCAUCCUCAUUUGAUGUUACUCCAACUUUGCUUUUUCUCUGCUGUGCUGCAGAGACUGAUGUCCGUCUGUAAUCCACCUGCCUGCUUUCACAGUUCAGCAGUACAGUAAGCGUGUCCUUACUGCACCUCAGGACAGAUGACAAUUUCACGCAUCACGCAAAUAACCACGGUUUUGCUUUUCUUCAGCUGAACAGUUACUCUUUGUUGCGUUUGGGAGCUUUGUAAUAGACAAAGUUGCCCAGGAUGGACUCCAAGCGAGAAAAAGACCAAGAUGCAGACUGUGAGAAGGUAACUGCUGUUCUUCUCAAGGCUCGCACAGGAGAAUUUGACUUGGAGUCAAUACUGUUCCUCAAACUGAGGGGUCUAGGUAUACAUGAUCUUGGAUGUAUUGGGGAGUGUAUGAACUUGGAGAGACUAGACCUAUCUGGAAAUAACAUCACUAAUUUGGCUCCUUUAGCAUCUCUUCGACUUCUUGCUGUGUUAAAUCUGUCAGCUAACCGGAUCUCCAACUUGGACCCCCUGCACAGCUGUGAAAGUUUACAGAACUUAAAUUUGGCUGGUAAUAUUAUAUCCAGUGUUGAAAACCUACAUUGCCUUGUUUCUCUGAGAAAACUUGAAAACAUACGUCUAAAAGAUAAUACGUACAAUUACACUAAUCCAGUUUGCAGGAAUACAUCCUAUAGAUCUGUAGUGCUUGAGAUGUUCCCAAACAUCAAGGUUCUGGAUGGUGAAAGAGUUGUCGGACGAGGGAGUGACUUGUACCAGUUAUGCAAAGACAUUGAUGACACCAUUAAAGCUGGCUCAUACAAAAAUGGACAGCUUCUUGAACAACCAGACUGCAAGCCAUGGGUGGAAGAUAGCUACUGGGAAAUAAAGAGAUCCAACAAUGCCAUAAUUGACGAAGCCUACAAACAGUUUAACGAUGUUCUACAUGAAUGCAGACUCCUCAACAACAGAGCCACUCAUGUUAUUUCACAAACCGAAAGAUCCAUGAGUUUAAAGAAACAACCAAAGCAAUACGCCAUCUGAGUUGGGCUAUUUUCUACACAUUUGUGUGUCGAAAAUAUUUAGCAACUUUUUUGUUGUGUGAAUUACCAUGGCUAAUGUACUGUAGCUUUUUCAAAUAACCGUGCUAUAUCCAAAUGCUUGAUACUUGCUUAAAACACAUGCUCUGUGUUGCAAUGUGUGGCAUUUGCUGUAACUGUAUGCAUCCUAUGCAUAGGUUAUCAGAAGAAACAUAUUGGUGGUUAAAAAACCUUUACCCAUGCUGAUGCCCCUCAGUCUGGUUCAAAGAUGUCUUAACUUGCACAAUGUGCAUUUUGUACCAUGCUUUAGCCUGUAUUUGUGCUGAGAGCUUAUAAAAUUUUCUAUAGUUCAUUAGUUAUUUAAAGCUUUUUACCUUUUUUUCCCUUUAGCAUUGCUGGUUUGGGGAGUUAAUGUGUCCCAUGUUGUAUCCAUUCUUUGUUAGUUGCAUUUUUGCAAAAAGUUAUUGUUUCAGCUGUUUCUACUUGUUUUAUACCAUAAAGUUUAUUAUGCUUACAAACAAUGUGUGCAAAAUACAGCAGUGUUUAUAAACCUA